UUGUUCAAAGCAAUACACCUCCAUUUUUCAACUAAGCUGACCUGAAACAAGUCUAUAUAUUCCUCAUCCCAAUUCAUAGAAGUAGUAUACCAAAAACAUUUUAUUGCAUAAUCACAUCUAUACUUGAAGAAUCAGAUCACAAAAUGGAAGGUUUGAUACCGUUUCUUAUCCACGCCAUGAAGAAGGAAAAGCCGCAAAAUGCUUACCGAUGUCUCUCCGACAACUCCACCACCGCCCGCAGCUACCAUCUCCUCCUCGGUGGCAGUGACUCCGUCGAGGGCUCCUCCCAUCGUCGGACUCGCUCCGACUACCAGCCUCCAUCCACCAUCGAUUUUGGCCAUUUGCCGCAUGCCAAGAGCUUCAGUGCCAAAGCUCCGGCCAACGUCGACCAUGUUGGAAGGACUAGUAAAUGAGGCCAUUAGCAAGAGAUGAUCAUACAUACUGUCAUGAAGUUUGAUGGAAUGUUUAAUUGUUUGUAUAUUCUUUUAUUUGGUGUUGUAAUGGUAGAAUGUAAAGGGAUUGAAUAAAUCAAAUUCAAGUUGUUUA